AUGACUCAAAAGCAAGAAUAUGUUCGUAAACAACCUACUAAAAGUGAUGAAGAGAUCGUAUAUGGUUCAAAUUAUAAUUUUACUUUAGAUAUUGAAACGCUUUUAAUAAACCCAAUACCGAAAAAAAGAGUAAAAUAUUAUAAGAAAACAGGAUGUAAUAAGCCACUACGUCCUCAAAAAAGUUUUAGUCUAUAUAUUAUUAACAAAGAAGCACAACUUGCUCUUGCCGGACUAAAACUAAAUUCGGAUGAGAAAUCAAAGAUAAUUAGCAAAAUGUGGAAAAACGAGCCUCGAAAUAUAAAGGAAAUAUUCGAUGCACUUUAUAGAAUGAAUAAAGCAUUUCAUAUCAAAAAAUGUGGAAUAAAUCAAUCUCAACCGAGGCAACAAAAAAAAGAAACUAGAUUAAUCGAAUCAAAUUUUUCACCGUCGGUUUUUGAUAAUAAUCUUCAAGAACCAGCUUCUUCCUUCCCACCACCGAAGCUUUAUAGUAACAAUGCUCAACAUAUGACAGAUUUUGAAUUGUUCCCGGACUCAACUUCUAUGGAGGUUGAUAAUGACAUUUUUCAAGAUUUUAAUUAUAAUUUUGAUUUUGAAUUGUUCUCGGCUGCUUCCUCUCCGGAAACAUCAACAGGUUUUUAUAACGACGAUUUUAAAGGUGAAAUGAAUUUGUUCUCAUCGUUGAAUGCGAUUGAAUCAAAGGAUACAACGCCCGUUACAGAACAAAUUGAUAACGAUAACUUAUAUCAUGAUCUAUCAGAUAUAAGAACAACUCACCAAGAACAUCUCAAAGGUACUUUAUCUAACAAAGAAGGCUAA